AUGAAUAAAAAGUGUUCUUGUGAUAAUGGAACUGGAUAUGAGAGUACAUCUUGUGUUGUUGGUUUUAAUUGUAUAGUUGUCCCCUAGAUAUAUGUUUAUGUAUAGAGUGAUACUUUUAAGUUGGUAAUAAUGCUAUUUGUAACUAAUGUAAUCACACUUGUUAAAUGUGUUAGGAUUUAGCAACAGAAUGCCAUUUUUCUGAAACUUCUGGUUAUACUUGUAUUUGUUAAUAUGACAAAUUAUCGAUAUCGCAAAUCUUGUACUAGUCCUUGUGAAUAAUGUUAUACUUAUACAAAUAGGAAAAAAUGCAAAACAUGCUUAGCUGGAUUAAAUAGGCAUUUAUUUAAUUUUUCAUUCAAGAUUUAAUGA